AUGUCGUCAUCAAACCGCGUCUACUCCAGUGUGGAAAACACAUGAGAAAGUGGUGAUUGUAGUAGUUAGUUUAGUAGAAAUUAGCCUAUUACAGUAAUUUAAAGAAUCUUACCUGUUAACGAAUCUUGACGACGUUGAUUAGAAUUCAGUGUUAAUAUUUUCCAACUGCGCGAUCGCUGAAAAGUACACAAAGACCUUCUUGGAGUGCUUUAUCUUGCUUUUCAAAUGUCUCUGUUUGUUGUAAACAGAUAUCUUGGAGAGGAGGAAAAUGAGAGUGUCCCGAAGGAGUCUCGCGCUCAGGCGUUACUGGCUAAACUGCAGCAGAAGGCCAAAGAGAAGCAGAGACAGAGUCAGACAGAGGAAAGGAAACGCCCGCUGAAAGAACGGACGGAAGAACAAGAAGUGAAAAAGAAAAGGAAAGCUGACAAGAACAGCGCUCAAGAGCCUGAACGUCGCAAAAAGAGGAAAUCAGAAGAUCUGCCUCUAUUCAAUGCCGUCUCUGAUCAUGAGCCUGUGGAAGAGGCAAAGAAGAACGAGGCGUGUGCAAACAAGAAACAGAAGAAGAAGAAAAAGGAGAAGUCAUCCAGUCCAGUUAAAGGUUCUCCCGACACUCCGGCGACCGGGAGAGACGAGCAAGAGGUGGGAGAAGAAGAGGAGGCACAGGCGGGAAACGUGACACUAAAAGAAACCACGGAGAAAACUCCUGCUCCAACUGGGUUCACGGUUCUGGGUGGAUUCAAAAACAAACCGGUCCAAAAGGUGCACAGAGUCCUGCCUCAGUGGCUCGCUCAGCCGGACGUGAUUCACAGAGACAUCAGAAGCAACCUGGUCCCCAUCGCCGACGUCCCGCGACUCUCCCCUCUGCUCGUGAGAAAACUGCAAAUUAAUGGAAUCCAUCAACUCUUUCCAGUGCAAGCAGAGGUAAUCCCGGCCAUCUUGGAGAGCGCACAGCAGGGGCUUCUGAUUGGACGAGGCGGCUACAAGCCCAGAGAUAUUUGUGUGUCGGCGCCGACGGGAAGUGGCAAGACUCUCGCGUUUGUCAUACCUGUCAUACAGGUGCUGACGGAGCGGGUGGUGUGUGAAGUCCGGGCGUUGGCCGUGCUGCCGACCAAAGAGCUCGCCCAGCAGGUGUGGAAGGUGUUCAAGUCGUACAGCGAGGGAACCUCUCUGAAGGUGGUGAUGCUGGCGGGUCUGAAGUCCUUUGCUGCCGAGGAGUCUUCGCUCUCCGAACUCAGAGGGGGAAUGAGACGCAGUUUAGCCGACGUCGUCGUUGCCACACCGGGUCGACUCGUCGACCACAUCAACAAGAACUCGGGCCUGAGCCUGGAGCACCUUCGGUUUCUCAUUAUUGACGAGGCUGACAGGAUGAUUGACAGCAUGCACCAGUCUUGGCUCAGCCAGGUGGUGAAGGCGGUGUACCGAUCAGGAGGCGGCGCAGACCCCAUGUGCAUCUUCAGGCGGAGUGAGCCGGCACACGUCACGGCAGCCAGUCUGUCUCCGCCUCAGAUGCCGCUGCAGAAGCUGCUCUUCUCUGCCACGCUGACACAGAACCCGGAGAAGCUCCAGCAGCUGGGCCUCCACCAGCCCCGGCUCUUCAGCUCCAUCCACAGUCACUCCGGCUCUGGCACGCCGCAGGCCUCCACCCAGACGCAAGGCGGCUUCGACUUCCCCCAAGGGCUGACGGAGUACUACGUGCCCUGUACGCUGAGCAAAAAGCCCCUCCUCAUCCUCCACUUCAUCCUGCGCAUGAAGCACAGUCCCGUCCUCUGCUUCACCAACUCCAAAGAGACCGCACACAGACUUCAUCUGCUGGUGCAGUUCUACGGGGGGAUCCGGGUGGCUGAGUUCUCCUCCCGACUCUCUCCCACCGAGAGGAAGAAGACGCUUAAGGAGUUUGAACAGGGAAAGAUCCAACUGUUGAUCAGCACAGACGCAGCGGCCAGAGGCAUCGACAUCAACGGGGUCAAAUGUGUCGUCAAUUACGACGCGCCGCAGUACAUCAGGACGUACAUCCACAGGAUUGGAAGAACAGCGAGAGCGGGGAAGCCGGGCCUGGCCUUCACCUUCCUGCUGGGAGUGCAGGAGAAGAACUUCCUUCAGAUGGUGAAGGAAGCAGGAACUCCCGGGAUCCAGAAGCAGAUCGUUAAACCAGAGAACCUGAAGGGGAUGGAGGCCCAAUUUCAACUUACUCUGCAGGAGCUGGCCAACGCCAUCAAGGUACCAGCUGACAAUCAUUCUUUAAAUGUUUAAAAGGACUCGAUGUCCACGGUUCAACAGCUUCCGAUGCAUAUCUGGUUGCUAUAUCAUUAAUGCUGGACUCCGGUUUAAUCAUCACUGUCAAUGAAUUUGUCAUCUUCGAUGUUGCAGGAAGAGAAAUUUCAAUGAAGGAGCAACGCUGACAGAGUCUCCUGCGAGUGGACGACCACAAAGAGUUAUAUAUGUUUAAUAAAACAUAAAAAGUCUGUUUGUGGUGAAGCUGUCUGUCUUUUAAAUGAGCGAAUGUUUCAGGCCGAUCAAUGAGAGCGUUUUUUUUAGCCCUCCCUCCCACCAGUGUGUCCCCGCACUUAUAAAGGUGAUGUCAUCAGAUUAAUGUCAUUCAUACUGUGUUUUAGAGCCAGAACUACAGAUUAAUCCUAAUGAAUUGUCUACUUUCUGGUGUAUAUGUUAUUUAACAAUGUACAAAACGUAAUAAAAUAUGCAUGUUUUAGCUCUGGAUACACUGAUGAUCAAAGUAGGGUUUGGAAUUUUAUACAUUUUAAUAAAAAAAAGUCAGAGGU